AUGUCGAUGGAUCUGGAUGCUCCGGUGUCUAUGCAACCGGUCGAGUUUCAUCCUCAACAACAAGCCGCAACGAUUCUUUGCUGCAACUGUGGCGCCCCUAUAGAUGGAACAACUGCUGCCGGUGCACUGUGUGAAGACUGUGUUAAACUCACGAUCGAUAUUUCAGAGGGUGUUCAACGAGAAGCCACUUUACACUGCUGCAAAGACUGUGAACGCUGGCUGCAACCCCCCGCCCAGUGGAUCAGUGCGGCCCUAGAAUCGCGAGAACUCCUUGCCCUAUGUCUGCGUAAACUGAGGGGUCUUGCAAAAGUUCGGAUUAUAGAUGCUGGAUUUAUUUGGACUGAGCCACAUUCAAAACGACUUAGGGUCAAAAUCACCAUUCAACAAGAAGCUUUUCAGGGCACAAUAUUACAACAAGCGUUUGAGGUCGAGUAUGUGGUUGCUUCGCAGCAAUGCCCCGAAUGCGCCAAAUCCUAUACGGUCAACACAUGGCGUGCAUCGGUCCAAGUCAGACAAAAAGUGCCUCAUAAGCGAACCUUUCUUUACCUUGAACAGCUCAUCCUCAAGCACGGGGCGCACAAAGACACAAUAAAUAUAAAGGAAGUGAAGGAUGGUUUAGACUUUUACUUUUCUGCGCGGAAUCAUGCCGAAAAGAUGGUUGAUUUUUUGGCAUCCGUUGCCCCAAUAAGAGUGAAGAAGUCACAACAAUUGAUUUCUAUGGAUGUGCACACUUCUUCAAAGUCUUACAAGAUCACAUUUUCUGCGGAAUUGAUACCAAUUUGCAAAGAUGACCUCGUAGCACUACCGAUUAAACUUGCUAGGUCUCUUGGGAACAUAUCUCCACUCACUCUUUGCUACCGGGUUGGCACAUCCAUCAACCUCUUGGAUCCUGCAACUCUUCAGACUGCUGAUAUCCCUGCUCCUAUCUAUUGGAGAUCACCCUUUGCGAACCUUGCUGAUAUCCAAGAACUUGUUGAAUACGUUGUCAUGGAUAUAGAAGCUAUUGGCCAAACCAGCGGUCGGUACCAUCUGGCCGAAGCGACCGUCGCUAGAUCUUCCGACUUGGGUGUGAAUGAUACAACAUAUUUCGCUCGCACACACCUCGGUGGCGUUCUACACCCUGGAGACACUGUCAUGGGCUACCACCUGACCGGAACCAAUUUUAACAAUGCCAAUUUUGAAGAAAUAGAAGCAAGUAAUACUUACGGUUCUACCAUUCCUGAUGUGAUAUUGGUCAAGAAACAUUACCCAAGGAAGAAAAAGAAUAAAAACCGUAACUGGCGCCUAAAACGUUUGGAUAGGGAAGAGGAAGAUGAACGACCUUCAAAGAAGCAAAGCCAUAACCGAUUGGAAGAUGACUUUGAGUUGUUUUUGCGUGAUGUUGAAGAGGAUGCUGAAUUACGAAGCACUUUGGCACUUUACAAAGCAAAACAUAGUCAGAAGCCGAAGAAUGUGGAGACCGAUGCCAUGGAUAUGGUGGAAGAGGAAGAAGAAGAAGAUGACGAUGAGGUUCCAAAGAUUGACGUGGACGAACUACUGGAAGAUUUUGAGGAUCUCAACAUGAGCGAAUAA